ACUUGUAUUCCAGACGAAGGUGAACAAUGGCGGGUUCAAGGUGAUUGAACAUCUGUACCCGAUUCAAACGAAAGUGAAUCGGCUGUCGCGAAAGCAUAUUUCCCCUAAAAAGUAUAAUCUUCUUUGGUUAUAACUUUCCUUUAUUUUACAUCGAUUUUAAUUCACCUUCCCGUCCUCAUCUUUCAUAGGCUAUUAGUCUCUUUGCUUUUUAGUCUGAUGUUACCCUCUCCCCCUUCAGCUCGCCUCUCGAUAUCCCAGGGCCGUGGCAGCUCGAGUACAGCUACACGUACUCAACUCGAGUGCGAAUAUCCAAAGUUAUCUCGUUCGCACGGUUUUACCAAAUAUGAAUUAUGAUCACAACUGGGUUGAAUUUUGGCAAGAUAAGACGGUUUUGCCUCAGGCCUCUAGCCUUCCUCGGCUACGGUGCAUUAUAAUCAGUUGGAAUUGAUACUGGAAACGACGAAUAAGCAAAUUCUCUCCUAACAUUAAAGUACCUCAUAGCUUAUUUCACAUAUCUAUGUCGAGCUUUCCCGAGCUUCAGGUCCUCCCGAGGUGUAAAACCUUGGAAAAGACGCCGUAGGUGUCUGAACACGUUCACCUUAGGUUGUUACGAGUCAAUGCCGAGUUAUAUGCGGAACUUCCCAGAUCUUUCUCCGAGUUCUCUACGACUCAUCUGGGCAGAUGUGGUUUGAACAAAGUAAACGUCAUCACUUUAUUACAAAAUGAGGCAGCAUUCGAUCUGGCUAAUUUAAUCACAGUUUUUUUGUAAUCGUUAUUAAAUAUAUGGCUUACACAUUAAGACUUGUAUAACAAUUACGUUAACACUGUUCCACGGGAGAAUACUGUUAGCGACGUUACUGUUCAUAAUUAAUUAGAUAAUUAGAUCGAUAAACAACAAUUAAUGACAAAGACAAAAUUCUCUUCGCAAGAUGGCAUUCUUGGAAGAAACAAUAAUGGACGACCAUAACCAUGUUUAUCGCCUUGCAAAUUCGAAUAGUGUUAAAUCGGUCAUGGCAGCAUUUUUGGCGUCCCACAGGGCUAGUUCUCGGGGCCAUAAUAUUCAGUCUAUUAAUUCCGUCUAGUUCGGUCUAAUUCCGUCUCGUUCCGCACCGGACACGAUAAAGUGUGAAAGGGGCUUUAGUGUCAGUCGCGUCACGCUUGAGAAAUAUAUCUGAGUGCGGAUAUCAUCCCCAAGUCAACUGCGGCAGGAUGUUAUUGAAAAUAGUCAUCACGUUUCAUAAAUUUGAGAGGCUUUUUAGAGGAUGCCAUAUUACUUCGAUAUUGUUUUUUUCUUCUUCUUCAGACAUCCGAUUUUGAUAUAGCAAUGAGGUCAACCAUAUUUUGGAUGUCUAAACAACAUAAUAUCAUCGCGGUUUAAACUAAUGGCCAACGUCCUGAAGUAUUUACCUCCUAAACGAAACUCUUACUCGACCAACCCUAAAAACCUCCUUGAUCGAGGAUUACAUGACAUAUCAACAACGGGUGUACAAGAGGGGGAUUUUAUUCGCGUGGAUGACAUAAAUUGAAAUUUCCAUAUUGAGUUUCUAUAGGGCUGCUAGGCUAGUAAACGGGGUAAAAUCUGUCCAGUGCUUAAGAACAUUAGUUUUUUUAUAUUCUUGUAUGUUACUUCUAUUAUUUUAACUAGAAAUUUCACAAAUUUAAAAAGUGGUUAACAUGUAAACUUUUCUUCUUCAUCUUCCCCACCACACCAGGUUGUACCUUCACCUCCAAUCGAUCGAGGACCUGCCUUCGAAGGGACACCGUGAGAAUGUCUCCUACGAUCCUGUUGUUCUCUCUUGCCUUCUUCCCGACUGCAAACAUGUCCAGAAGUCCAAGUCUGCCAAGGCCUCACUCAACCCCGUCUUCGACGACACCGUCGUUUUCCCGCUCGACCGCACCAAGAGCGCGGAGAACGUGGCCGUCCGGAUCUCGGUCUACGAGUCAGACGACCUGUGCACCAAUGGCGCCUGUACCACUAGUGCCAUCGGCCACGUGCUCUUGCCCGUGGUCGACUGCCUAACGCCUACGGACCAUCCCCGAGAGUUCCGUCGACGGGUUGGUAGACGAUCAAUGAUCACUGGUAACCUAGGUCGUCUGUUGAUAUCCCUGGCCUAUCUACCUUCUCUAGAGAGGCUCUCCUGUGUUAUACUACGGGCAAAAGACGUUAAAUGUGAGAAGGGAACCAAUGUGUCUUCCCUAGAAACCUACGUGAAAGUGACCCUCAUGUGCGGGGUGGAUAAAGUCAAGUCUCGCAAGACGGCCAUCAUCCGCGGCACCGACAACCCUGUCUACACGGAGUCCCUUUGCUUCGUGGUUCCUAUGUCCUACAUCGAUGAGACUUCACUGGUCAUCCAGCUAACUCAACAUGCUCAGCUCAAGAAGGAUAAGAUCCUCGGACAGGUCAUCCUAGGACCAUACAUCUACACACAGGGCAGCGCCAUCAGUCAUUGGGGGAAGAUGCUGGCAAGACGAGAAGCAGCCAAACAGUGGCACAAUCUAUAUCUUUAGGAUGUACAUGUAUGCCUUGUAUCGUCUGCAUUCUGUUCAUUUAUUCCUAGCAGUAGUUAUCCAAAACUUAAUAGCGUGCUUUCUUUUCUUAAUGAUAAUUCUUGUUUGGUUUGUAGAUAAUGGUCAUCAACUUAUCCCUUGAUCGCUGUUGAACAGUAGAAGGGCUAAUUUCAAAAUUAUAUUUAUUCAGUAUACAAUGAUUGAGAAUACGAAGCCUGUUUCCCAAUAGGAAGGAAUUAAGUUAAUAAUUGUCUUGUUUUUGUCUUGCAUACAUGACC